CGCGCCGGAAGAGAAGAAGCUCCUUUCACAGCCAUCUUGUGGCUUCAUCUAUCGAAGUGCGCACACUAAUCCCCGUAGAAUCGGAGGAAAAUCCUGCUGAAGGGGCGUCAUCAUGCCCGGACAAAUGCAAGAAGGUUUUGGCUGUGCCAUAACCAAUCGAUUCGACCAGUUAUUUGACGACGAGUCGGAUCCGUUUGAGCUGCUAAAGCAGGCCGAGGAGAAGAAGAAGAAGGAGGCUUCUGCUCCUGGUGCCGCCAAGUCUGCUGCCCAGGCUGCCAAACAGCCCAAAAAGGAGUCUCAAAAAGAUAGAAAGGCCCCGUUGGCCGAUAAGAAGGAGGAGAUCCAAGCGCCCGUCCCGCUUAAGAAAGAUGGUCCCGGCAUGAGGAGAGUAGGCCGCAAGCCAGAGGCUGAUGCUCCAAGACCACAGGGCGGCCAGGGAGACGGGCGCACCCCCGUAGACAGACGGCCUGCAGAUAGACGGCCUCCUCGUCGUUUUGAAAGGCCUGCUGGUGAAGGUGGUGAGAAGCCUGAAGGAAGCGAUUUCUCUGUGGAGACGCCUCUUGGUGACAGGCCAAUGAGGGGACGUGGCGGUGGUAGAGGCGGGCGUGGAGGCAGAGGACGUGGAAUGGGUCGAGGUGACGGUUUUGAUUCCAGAGGAAAACGGGAAUUUGACAGACACAGUGGCAGUGACCGAUCUAGUCUGAAAGGUGAAGAAAAGCGGGGAGGAAGUGGUUCUCACAACUGGGGUACUGUCAAGGAUGAACUGAAUGAGCUUGACCAGUCAAACGUCACUGAAGAGAACCCUGAAGGAGACGAGCACCCACCUGUUGACUCUGAGAACAAAAGGGAGAAUGAGGUGGAGGAAGUAAAGGAUGAAGGCCCAAAGGAGAUGACCCUAGAUGAAUGGAAAGCCAUGCAGGACAAGGACCGGACCAAGGUUGACUUUAACAUCCGUAAGGCCAAUGAGGGAGCUGAAUGGAUGAAAGGAUUUGUUUUGCACAAAUCCAAGACAGAAAACGAUAAGAAAGGGGUUCUGAUUGAAUCUGAGGGUGAAGAGUCCAAGCAUGGAGAGGAUGAGCAUCACUUCAGGAAGCCAGCCAAUGACAUCACAUCCCAGCUGGAGAUUAACUUUGGAGACUUGGGUCGUCCAGGCCGUGGACGUGGCGGACCGCGUGGUGGCAGGGGUGGACGUGGUCGUGGUGAACCUGCCAGGACACCACGCGGAGGCAGGUCUGAAAAGUCAUCUGCAUCUGUGCCCAAUGUGGACGACCCAGAGGCCUUCCCGGCACUGGCUUGAGCCCAGCUGCUGUCCUUCAGGUUUACAGGAGCCUCCUGAGCACCUCCACUAUGAGGCUCACAUGUUCCUGGAUUCUUCAGCAAAGUGAAAUGAUGAAGACUGCCAUUAACAAUGAACCUCAACUUGAAGACUGAGUUUUACCCAAUAAAACAAAACAAGGAUGGAAAAAAAUUUUAAAAAUCCACAGGGGAAAAAAACACAAAAAAUACAAAAGGACUUCUUGCUACUCUGGAGCAACUUAUUGGUAGAGGUUUUGUACUUGGAAACAAAGUAGCAGGGAUGUUUUCAUACAGUAUUUUUUUCAGAGGUUAUGCGUUUGCAUUGUGCAUUGAUACAUUUUUUGUAAUUGCUGCUUGAAUGUAUGCAUUUCCUAAUUCUAAGCAUAUGAGGAGUUGUCUCCAGCUUGGUUUGUGUCAUUGCUUGCUUGCUUUUUAAAAUGGAAGCUGUACAGCUCCAGUACAAACUCUUAAGCUCUAUUAAAAAAAGUAUUUGGAAUGAGGUUAGGUCACUUGUUGAGAUUUAUGGGUUGUUUUUCUUUUACACUGGGUUGGCUUUUUAUAUUUUGUAUAGGAGACAUCUUCAGUCUGUAAAUCUGAACUAUUUUCAUAAAUUCUUUAAAAGACUUUAACAUGGUGCAAACAGGGCACAUCUUGUACUUUGGUCAAGUGAUGCUGCCUAAAUUUGGAUGUAUUCAUGAAACGGUGGCUGCAGCUAUUUUGUACUGAAUAGCUUGAAAGUGGGAAAGCUGGCUAAUCGUGGGAGGAACGUAAUGUAAUUACUCAAAAUUUUAUUGAUCCUGAGAUGCCUUGUCACAUGGAUUGGUUUUAAGGCACCCUAAUUGCAUUGGGGGUGCAAUAAAGUGUCUAUCUCCUUGUUCAUUACAUCUUUGAUUACCAACCAUUGUAAUUAAUGCCUUGGUUUUAUUUUGAGGAAUCGUCCAGAGGAAAUGUUCUGACACCUUUGAGACGUGACUGCAUUCUGUAAACUGUGAGGCCUUCUCGGACUGUUUACUCUGGGGAUCUCGAACUUGGUCCCUUUUGAGCGCCUGUCAGGAAUAUGUGCUAUCUACCCACGCCUCAUUCGUAACAGGUGGUGUCUUCUGAGUUCAUUAGCUUUUGGUGGAGAGGGGCAAGCUGAAAUAUGCUGGCCCGGUGCUCUCCAGCACCAGGCGUAGAGUUAAAUCAUUUUACACACUCCUGACACUGGUGUGUACUUGAAUUCAACUUACAUUUGUUUCUGAAACCGGUCUUGUGCUCAUGUUUUCCUCCAAUGUUGACAUGCCCUGUAGCUUCCACUGAAGCACCGCUGCAUAAUUGCUCUGAAAUAAAUACAGCUGUUGAUUGUGUGGAACAGCUAAAUGCUUUAGAAAUGUGUGAAUUCCAGCCCUGCUAUUGGACCUCUGUCAGUAAAUAAAGAUGGUCGGUAAAUUGUU